AUGUCGGUAGUGCCUUAUAACACAAGCAACAGAAUCAUCUAUCGGUAUCCAGGACACGGGGUUGUAGUGGUCCACAAUAAAGUAGACAAUACCCUUCAACUUAUAACCCAAAACAACGGUGACCACUUGGGAAUAUUGAGCUUGGAUAAGAGUAAACAUAGGAACGGUAACAACAAUAAUAAUACGUUUCAACAUGAAGAAUCGUACGCCAAGUGUCCCAAUUGUGGAUUCUUGUGGUUGUCUGGUCAAUUCCCAACUUCUAAUGGCACCAACAGUAACAAUACCACUAGUAAAGGAGGUGGUAAAGGAGGAGGAGAAGAUAAUGAGUUCAGUAAUACUCCUCCUAUAUUGGCAGGCGGCAGUAAUGGCCUAUUUGAACAAGAGUUUAUGCAUCAGGAUUAUUUCAAGCUUUUAAGUCGACUUCCGGCUUCUUCUUCGCCUUCUUCGUCUUCAAUUGUUGACGAGAUAAAGGUCAAGACUCCUAAAGGAUUACCUGAUCAAAUCUUUAAUCAGGACUAUUUCAAACGGUUCUUCAAAAAGGUUCCACCAUAUGAACUUGGAUCAGGCGCACAUGCUCAAGUGUAUAAAGUGGUUCAUGUCCUUAAUAAUAUCCCAUUAGGGACAUAUGCCGUUAAACGAAUCAGCAUAGGAGACAAGAUUGAGUUUCUAGAACAAGUUUUAAAGGAGGUACUAAUUUUAUAUGAAUUAUCAUUGAAAGGAGCCAACGAGAAUAAUUUAAUCAGAUAUAAUCAUGUUUGGCUUGAAUUAGGAGAUCUUCUGGACCUGAAGGCCUUUGUACUUCCAGCAAACGAAUCAUCAGCUCCACCAGAAUUCCAUAAUAAGGUUCCAUAUGUUUUCAUAUUGCAACAAUAUUGUGAUGGGGGUGAUUUAGAAGGAAUUAUCAAGAAUAAUUUCCCCUCAGACAGUUAUGCUUCCUACAGAGAUAAAGUUGAACGAGAACGAAUGAAACGUAGGUUAAGGAAACGACAAAUUAAUGAUACCGAUAAUUCACCUUCUUGGUUGAAUGCUCUUGAAAUUUGGAAAUUCUUCAAAGAUGUUAUAACUGGUGUUAAUUAUCUUCAUAUACACGGCAUCUUGCACCGAGAUUUAAAACCUUCCAACUGUUUGCUUGAAGCCAAAUACGAGAUCAACAGCUGUUCAACAGUAUUUGAGUCUCUAGAAGAUCUUCUGAACGAAUUGGAAAAAAUACCUAAAGUAUUGGUCAGUGACUUUGGAGAGGGUAAAUUCACUGAUAAACAUAGUAUCACAGAAUCUGAUACUGCAUUACUGUCUAUUCAUGAGAAUAGGGAACGGAAGGGGAAUACUGGAACCCUAGAGUUCACGGCCCCAGAGUUAUGGAUGUUAUCAGUUUAUGAUCCUGCUAAUCAUAAAAGUGAUGAGCAACAAAAUAGGUUUACUCAUGACUUCACUUAUGAAAGUGAUAUCUACCUGUUGGGGAUGAUCCUAUGUUGGCUUUGUCUGGGGGAACUUCCAUUUUCUGCUUCAAUUGAGAAUGAACAAGAUCCUGAAGCUUCAAGAAUUCAAAUCAUCAAUUGGUAUAAGCAGUUAACCCAAUCUCAAUUUUUGGAGUGGUUUGCACAUCAUAGAAAGAUUUCGGGUGAAAUUAUUGAUGAUUUUGCUUGUUUGAUUUUUUCAAUGAUAAAAGGUCAUGAUCUUGUUUCUGAAGACCAUAAACGUAUCCUGUUGCCUGAUGUAGCUGGGUUAAUGGAUGAAUUCAAGUUUAAAUAUUUCAUUCCUAGAACAACUCAAAAUCUGUCUGAUCACACCAUAAGUGUUACUGCAAAUGAUCCAAGUAUUAACAAUAUUAACAGUGAUGAUAAGGAUACUUUAUCUAUUUGUGAUGCAGAUGCUCUUGAGUUACUUGUUACGUCAGAUGAUGCUUUUGAGCCACAACUUCAUGAAACUAAAGUAAAUUCUAUUCCAGAAAAUGUUGCUACAGAUCUUGUGGGUCUGUAUGUGUCCAUAUUAGCUUUAGUAGCUGCCAUGGGGACCUUUGAUACCCAAAAGAACACCUGUCUGCUUCAGAACGUCAUGGGGGUCAAACGGAAGAGCCAAGCCGUUUCCGCUAACAGAAAUAAGCGACAGAAGAAGAAAAAGACGGACGAGUUAGCUCCACUUGUCCCUGGAGGGUUUGAUGUUCUUGCACACACUGACGAUAGUGAUAGUGAAGUUGUGUAUGAUUUUGCCCUGAAGGAAGCGUCUCGUGAACCCGAGAUUGUGUUGGUGGAAUCUGGAGACGAAUCUGAUAUAGUGGUGCAGAGUGAUAGUGGUGAAGGGAAUGAUCCAGUUAUAGUUGGUGAUGAUGAUGCUGACGAUGAUGACGAUGAUGAAAGAGAAAAGACUACUACUAAUGAGUUAACGAAUAAUCAAGACUUUAUUGAGUUUGGGUUCAGUUCUUCGGAGAACGAAGAGGAUAAUUAUAAUGACUAUUCUGAUGACGGAGUUCUUAGUAGUGAUGAACAUAGUGCUGUGCAUAAACUGGUAGAGCCAAGUUCUGCUUAUCCUUGGAUCAAGAAUAGAGACCAUUCAAGACAAGCGGAAGUAGCUGAUUGGUUAACCAAUGAGAUGAAGGAUUUUGUUGAUUAUAUAUCACCAUCACUGGAGGAAAUCAUGACUCGGAACAGUGUUAUAAAUGGAUUAAAGAAGAAGAUUACUAGUUAUUGGCCAGAAUCUGAAGUUCAUGUAUUUGGAUCAAGUGCUACUGAUUUAUAUUUACCGGGUUCUGAUAUAGAUUUGGUUGCUGUAUCUGCCAUGGGGGAUUUAGAACAACGACUGAAAUUAUAUCAAUUAUCAUCAUAUUUAAGGGCCAGAAAGUUAGCCAAAGACAUUGAAGUGAUUGCUAAGGCAAAAGUCCCCAUUAUUAAAUUUGUUGAUCCUAAAACAAACAUACAUAUUGAUAUUUCAUUUGAGAGAAUGAAUGGGAUUGAAGCAGCCAAAAAGAUUAGGAAAUGGUUAGAGACAACUCCAGGUUUAAGAGAAUUGGUAUUAAUUAUCAAGCAAUUCUUGCGGUCCAGAAAGUUAAAUAACGUUCAUGUAGGAGGAUUAGGAGGUUAUGCCACUAUAAUUAUGUGUUAUCAUUUCUUACAAUUACAUCCUCGAUUAUCUACCAAAGGUAUGGAUGCCAUGGACAAUUUGGGACCAUUAUUAAUUGAAUUCUUUGAGUUAUAUGGUAGGAAUUUUUCCUAUGAUAAUUUAGCACUUGCUAUUGAUGCUGAGACUGAUUUGCCCAAAUAUUUACUAAAGAGGGAUUAUCCUGAAUUAAAUGCCUCGAGAAAUCCCUUUUCCAUAGUGAUUCAAGAUCCUUCAGAUCCUAAUAAUAAUAUCACUAGAUCAUCUUAUAACCUACGGGAUGUGAAGAAGGCAUUUGGAGGAGCAUAUCAAUUAUUAGUUGAGAAGUGUUUUGAAUUGAAUGCUGCAUCUUAUAAAGAAAGACUCAAUCGACUGAUCUUGGGAGAGAUUAUUAAAUAUCGAGGCAAGGAAAGAGAUUUCAAUGAUGAUAGACAUAAGAUUACCAAUGAUGCACUUGUUAACCAUCGAGAAGAAGACAACAACGAAAAUGACGAUGAUGACGAUUCUGAUGGAGCCAAUGGGAAUGAUAAAUACUACUUUUCUGAUAUGACAGUGGAAAGUGAUGACGAAGACACGACAUUCAUGGAGGCAGCACAAAAGAUCAAGCCUCUGAUCAACAAUACCAAGAAGAUAGCAGACAUAAUGGGAAUUGAUAGUGAUUCAGAAGAGAAUAAGAAUAACAGUAAUAACAACGACAAUGACGAAGAAGGUUCUGAUGAGGAGCCACCACGGAAGAAGAAACCAAAACAGGAUAAAGAAGUGAAACGAGAGUAUUGGAGACAGAAAGGUCUUGAAUUGUAA